AUGGUGUGCCCCUCGGCCUUGGCAGCUUCGGAGGCUGAGGCGCUUGCGCGUGCUUUUGAGGCUGAAAGCAUCAUUGAUUCAGACUCCGAAGGGGAACCUGAUGAAGCGGUGGCGCUGGAUGAGCUAGGUAAUGGCACUUCCGGUGAAGGUGUUGAGCCUGAGUGUGUAAAGGGAGUUCAGGGUGGUGACUGUCCACCUGGGAAUGCGUCUCAGGAGGAGCCGGGGUUCAAGCCUACAAGCAUCUCUGAGGCCGAGGCCGAAAGGCAGGCAGGGACGAAGGUUGCAUCACAGGGAAAACAAUCCUGCGCUACGGACUUGUCGGACUUGUUCAGCAGCGGUAAUCCCGAAUUGCCCGAUGGCGAGAAUGAGCUGGCGGAAUAUGAGCCUUCAGAUCCGGGAGGGGAGCUGUUUCCAGAACUGUUUGGUCCAGGCAUAGAGGCGAGUCAGCAGCAGGAGGAUUCAGAUCCAUUGCCCAAGGUGAGUGCAGCUUCGGCAGAGGAUGCUAAGUCCUCUGUUUGGGAUCCUGUUGACCUUCCUGAAGACAAGGAGGAAAUGGAACGCUUGAUCGAAGAGUUGAAUGCAAGAUACGCAGCGCCGCAUCGAUCCAUCCCAGAGGGACAUGUCUUGAUAACUGAGGCAGGCAACUUGGAGGAGGAAGCGCCGGAGGGAGAACCAACCGGUGAGGUGAUUGAUGAGUCCGGAGUUCCCGUAAGGAGCGCCAACCCUCCCACUCCCACGUGGGAUCCACGCGACACUCACACAUUGACCGAGGUUCCAUUCACCUUCGACCCGCGCCAGCAUCAUGCAGUCCGUAUGCAACCGAAUUGGCUGUUAGUCGGUUAUACUCCUUUGGGAACGCAGAAGUUAAACCCGAGGGAUGUCGCACUUCUAGAAUCCUGUGAUUUUCCAUUGGCCUUCAGUGCAACACAAGCACCACCUUCGCCCCAUAAGGACGUCAGGUAUCAAGUGAGAGCUCUGUCCUCGACCUCGGAGGAUACGUCCGAGUCCAGUAUCAGUUCCGAGGAGCUCCGGCAUCAGAUUGCAGUUGCAACGGUGCCCAAUGAUCAGCAGCUCCCUCCGGGUCAACUAGAGCCACUUGAAGCCGAUUUGCAACCAGAUGCAAGCGCAGCGUUGGUGGGUUGGGAUUUUAGCACAGGGGAUCCAGGUGAUGUGCCGAUUUCAGGUUUGGUCAAUGUAGCACUGGCCGACUAUCUGCGGGUGCAUGGAGUCAGUGAUGCCUAUGGCCGUUUGUCAGCCCUUGGAGUAGAGUCUCCCAAUGAUCUGCAAUUCCUGACCAGAUUCUGGUGUGCCCACAACUUCCGCGCAGGCCUCUUCAUCUCAUGUGAGGACGUUGAGGUUGGAAGUUUGCCCAGCGUAGACCCGACGGUCGCAGGUCUCAUCCGGCUCCGCUGUGACUUCAGGGAUGCAGGAUCGUCUGUCGUCACUCCACUGCCUCUGGAGCGACCUCUGGCAUCGGGGCGCUGCUUUGGACUUGAUGUGAAAUCUGCGUUCCUCCUCGCACCUAUUCCGGCGAAUGUGACAAGGCGAUAUGCGAUGCGCCCUCCACGAAUGCUUAUAGAGUUAGGCUUGUGCGCGGAGGACGAGCUUUGGAUUAUCCAUAGAGCAUUGUACGGAUUUCGUGAAAGUCCGAAGUGGUGGUCGAUCCACCGGGAUGAGUUCCUUAAGUCCGCCGUGUGGACUAGCCCUUAUGGCAUGGUCCGUUUGCAGCAGCUCGUCAGUGAGGGCAAUAUCUGGAGCAUGAGGCUUAGUGAUGGCUCUUGUGUGGGACACCUCCUGGUGUACGUUGACGACAUGCUACUGUUGACGGACUCCGGUGUUGCGGAAUCUUUUAUCAUAUGGCUGCGACAGUCCUGGGAGUGCACUGGGCUGAAGGAAGCUACCUCUUCCGAGCCUCUUCGCUUUCUGGGUGUAGACAUAUAUGCCGAAGUUGAUAGUGAGGGAGAAGUGAUUGGUUAUAGCUUGGCACAAGAGGCUUAUAUUGAUGAGUUGUUGCGAAGCCACCAGGUGAAGCCGAGUUCGAGGGCUACAGCUCCUGUUCCACGUGAGUGGGUCAGGGAGGCCCCGGCGUGCGAGGACUUCUCUGAGGAGGAGUUGAGAGCUGGGCAACGAAUUACUGGUGAACUCCUGUGGCUCGCGCAGCGUACCCGUUUAGAUAUAGGCUACUGUGUUGCUUUGAUGUCGAGCUGGGUGUCUAGGUUUCCUCGGCAGGUAUCCAAGAUUGGAGCCCGCACUCUGGAAUAUCUUGCGAACACCAAAGAGCAUCGCCUAUUGCUUAUCCCGGGAAAGGCUGAUGGCAUUAGAAUCUAUACGGACGCCUCCUUCGCUCCGUUUGGAGCGCACUCUAUCAGCGGAAUAUUGUUGCAGUACGACGAGUGCACUGUAGCAUGGAAAUCAAAACGCCAGAGCCUGGUGACGUUGAGCACAGCAGAAUCAGAGCUGUGUGCAGGGUGUGAGGGCGUAACCCUUGCACAAUCCCUGGAAGCUUUGAUCAGUGAGCUCGAUGGAUCAACAGGACCCAAGAAGCUGUUGGUCGACAACACAGCUGCGGUGACGAUCGCAGAGGGUGGUGGCAGUGUUCGAACGAGGCACUUGCGGGUGAGGGCUGCGUUCCUUCACGACAUGAGGGAGCGGCAAGAACUAGUCGUAACUCACUGCCCGGGCGAUGUGCAGCUGGCUGAUUGCUUGACCAAGGCUUUACUUAGGUUGCAACAGUCGCUGUAG